AUGUCAAAUCCUGCAAUAGAUUUGGCACUUAAAACUGUAAAGCAAAGUGCCAAUCGUCCAUUGCACCCUUUUUAUGGUGAAGAAGUUAAAAUUAAAGGUGGUUUAUUCGAUAAAACUAAAAUCAUUGUUUUAUCUGAUUCUGGACUAGCCGUUGUGAAGAACAAUGGAAAGAAAAUCGAAGAAAAAUACACCUGGUUUGAUUUCAAACAAUUUGAUUAUGAAGAUGAGCAGUUAACUAUUGUAAUUGGAACAACGACAUAUUCGUUACAAGUUCCAGAAGGAUCUCAACUUAUCAAAAAGAUUGGUGACGCAUUACAAAUGGUAUUAACACCAAUAGAACUCAUGGCUAUUAAUCUGAAUUUGAAAUCUAAACCAACUCCUAAAAGUGCUUAUUAUAGGGCGACAAUUAAGUAUCCGAAAUAUGCAGAUGAGAUAGGAGAAAUACUUAAAUUUAGCAAAGAUACGAUGAUUAUUACACAAGAAAAUUUCACACCUUUUAUUUCCAUUGUUCCAUUAAUAUCAUCAUUAACUACAUUGAUAAUUGAAUUUCCUCUUACUGCUGAUCAGUAUCAGGAUUUCAUUUCUUUCCUGUCAAAAGGUUCUAAAAUCCAACAAAUUAAUUUCGACGGACCAGUACCGCAAGAGUUUAACGCAAUGAUGAACACGAUUGCUCAUAACAUACAUACAGAAAUCAACUCAUUAAGCUUCACGAAUUCUUUACUUUCAGAUUUAAAUAUGCAAUCCAUCCUUACAGCAAUGAAUUCACAGCCAAUUAAAUCGAUCGCCUUUCAUGGAACAUUUACUACGCAAACAUUUUACUUCUACGAGACAUUUCUCCCUGCAAUUAGAAAAUCUCCAAGAUAUAUCAACCUUGCAAACACAAAUUCAGUAAAUUUAAAGACCCUUUAUACUCAGAGAUUAGCAGUUAUCAGUUUAGAAGGUACAGGAAUCGAUAUCAGUACAAUUUUUGAGAGUUUAUCAUUAUAUCGUGAAAAUCUCCAAAAUUUGAGGAUGAUAAAUGUUAGUAACAACAUCUGUAGCAAACGAAUUGACUACAACAAGAAGAUGCCACCCCUUUUGAAGUCCAUUUUCGCUGAUUCCAUUCAAUGGAGAGGAUUUCACAUGCGAUCAUUUUUCGAGUUAAUUUUCAGGAAUUAUACAAAGCAUCUUUUCAAAUUAUCCUUCCAGUAUCAAAGCGCAACACAAGGGGAUUGGAAUUCUAUCAAUGAUUUGUUCAGUGUCACUUCGUUCUCCAAUUUUGUCGGCUUAAAUUGGUCCGGAAAUCCCGUGAAUUUAUCUUUUAUUUCUUUUUUAAGUCGACAAAAAUAUCUUCAAUUUUUGAAUGUUUCUGAAUGUUUUUCUGAUGAAAAAGCAAAUGAAAUCAAACUGUUUGGUAACUAUCUUGAAGGAUGUACAUGUUUAAAGAAGAUUGUAAUGAGAGGAAAUCAAAUUAAAAAUGUUGGGAAAAUGGUCGGAUAUUUAUUUUCAAUUCUCGUUAAAAAACAAGUUCCAAACAUUGAUUUAAGUGAUAAUUAUUGCAACGAUGUCAUGUACAAACAGUUACAGAUGUAUUAUGAUAUAGAUUUCCCAAUGAGACUGAAUAUCGAUGGUUGUAAUUCCGACAAAGAAAAAUUUUCUGAAUUUUUGAAAAAUUAUCUCAAAAUUAAAACGAAAAUUCUUAUUUCUUGGCCGGAAAAAGACAUAAAAAGGACGCAAAACAAGUCAGAAAUUCGAGAAAUGCAGAAAUACUUUUGUAGAUUGAAUAUUCGUGAAGAACCAAGUGAUCCUUUCCAUGUUCCUCUUGUUAUUUAUAAAAUGUCGAGUGAUAAUUCAUUCCCUGAAUUCAUUUCGAACGAGGAUUUGUCAAUAUUGAUGACGAACCAGACAAAUCCAAAUUAUCUCCCGAAGAUUGAAAUAAAAGACACUGAAAACACGUUGUUUAGAAUGUCAAUGAAUAAAGAAAACAGAGGAAGAUCGAAUUCAUUGAUAUUUGAUGAUAAACCAUCACUUUCUUUGCAUAAAGAAGAGUCUUCACAAGAGAAAGUUGUUUCUUUGAUCAUUGAUGAAGAAAUUGGUUUCCAAGGAAGAGAAAAUCGUUCAAGAACUUUUGUCAAAAAUGAAAAACCGUUUAUUAUUAAUGUUGAUGAUGAUAAACCACAAAAAAGAAGACAUAAAUCACCACAAAAAGAAAAGGAACCUGUUGCAAGAAACAGAUCUCUUUCUAUGGUACCGCAAAACAGAGCUAUGUCACCUGAAAAAUCUCCAAAGUCUCCGAAAUUUGUUUUUUCACAGUCAUCAAAAGAUGAAAUGAAAUUCAGAAGUUCUUCUUUCCAGAAAAGUGACACUUCAAAAAGUUCUGAUGAAUUCGAUCCUUAUGCGAAGAAACUGAGGGAAAAGAAGAAGAAUAAAAUGAAGUUUUCGUUGAUGAAUCAAAGUGACAAACAACUGAAAACUCCAGUUGAUUCUCCUGCAGCUGAUAGAAUCCACAAAUUCAGAAAAGGACAAAAGAAAUUGGAGUCUGAUGAUGAAUUUGAUUUCGAAGAAGUCAAGAAAAUAAAUCACUUGGAUUUGACACUUUCUGAUGAAGAAAGACAGAAAAACGAGGAAGAAAACAACAGAUUAAUUAUCAUUAAACAAAUGAAGAAUCAUCACAGAAGAUCUCAAUCCGAAAAGAAACCAAAAGAACCUGUUGUUGAAGAAAAAUCUCAUACGAAACCAUUGAGAAGGAGAAGAAAUAAACAAAAAGAAAUAGUAAAUAAUGAAGAAAACAUCGAAGAAAGAAGACCAAGAAGGCAUCAUUCUGUUGCUAAAACAAUGAUACCUGAUGAUGUUCCAAAGAAAAGACAUCAUUCUCCUCCAAAAACUAUGGUUCCUGAUGAUGAAAUUCAACAGAAACCAAAUGUUAGAACUCGUUCAAUUCCUCAAACAAUGAUUCCCGAAGAAGAAAAUCCAAUCAGAAAACGAAGACAUCAUUCAGUUGCAAAAACAAUUAUCCCUGAAGAAGAAAGUUCUUUGGUUAAAAGACAUCAUUCUCCAUCUAAAUCAAUCAACAACAAAGAUGAAAAUCCUCAUGUUAAAAGAAAACAUUCUUCACCAAAAACACUUGAUUUUGAUGAAGAUAAUUCUAAUGUUAAAAGAAAACAUUCUUCGCCUAAAACGAUGAUUCCUGAAGAAGAAAGUUCGAAUGUAAAAAUAAGAAGAAAUCAUACUCCAGCAAAACCUUUGACUCCUAAUCAAAGCCCACAAGAAAUUGCUGAAGAAAUAAAUCCAAGAAAGAGAAGGAUGAAUUCUGUUCCAAGGAAGAUUAUUCAGAAUGAAGAAUCUUCAAAUCUCAGCCAACAAAAGAAGAAGAGAAUAAAAAGAAAGAAAGUUCCUGAAGAAGAAAACAAGCAAGAAUUUGUUGGAAAGAAUCAUGACGAGUUAAUGGAAGAUGCUUGUGAUUCUUUGCUCGAUGAAUACGUUCCUGUUUAUGUGAGCAGAUCUAAUCAUAAACAGCAAAACAGUAGUUUUAUGUCUGCACAUAAAUCUCCAUUAAAAGACAUCAAACCGAUUUCGCUGAUUUCAAGUGAUUCGAUUUCUUAUUCUUCUGAUGAAGAGAAACAAAAAAAUAAGAAAAAAUGGAAAUUCCCCGAAUUCCAGCAAUUUCCUCCAAAACCAACAAUAUGGGAAGAUUUAGACAAUGAGUUCUCAAUCAAGAAAAUGGUUGAUGAUCUCUCAAAUAGCCCAACAAAGAGUAUCAGAAAAAUAUCUAAUUAA